CCCGGACACGUCAUAAACAAGCAACAUGGCUGACUGUCGCGAAUAUUGACACGACGCGUGUUAUUAUUUACAAAUUGAACGAAAGAAACUGGCUACAUCGAUGAAGCUCUAAUUUUCCUCUUAACCUUGCCAGUCGCACGAUGGCACAAGCGAAGUUCAACGUGCCAGAGAAAUCUGGCGGCACCAUUAAAGAAAAGGACAAAGAAAAAGAAGGUCUCACUGUCGUACCAGAAUGUGCUGUAUGUCUGCAGCCUUGUAUUCAUCCAGCGAGAUUGCCCUGUAGUCACAUAUACUGCUAUCUGUGCGUAAAGGGUGUUGCUAAUCAAAGCAAACGGUGUCCAAUGUGUCGUCAAGAGAUUCCACCAGAUUUCCUGGAAAGACCUCAGCUGGUAGAGGUUGAAGAAUCUCAGAAGGAGAUGGAACAUCCUGAAGAAGAAUACCAGUGGUUUUAUGAAGGUCGAAAUGGUUGGUGGCAAUACGAUCAACGUACAAGUAUCGAAUUAGAAACAGCAUAUAAGCAGGGCAAAAGGACCUGUGAGUUGCUGAUUGCAGGAUUCCUUUACAUCGCCGAUUUUGGUUCAAUGCUGCAAUUGCGCAGAAACGAUCCUUCUAGACGAAGAAGGAUUAAAAGAGAUCUGUAUAAUGUGCCAAGAAAAGGGGUUGCCGGAUUACGUCUCAAUGUGCAAGACGAAGAAAUUGUUAGAGAAAUAAGAGGUGCAGAGCGACCAGCUAGUCCCGCGAGCGAUAGUAUGGGCACAGGAGACGGUACUAAUACUCCCAUACCACCUAGUAAUACACCACAAACCCCUGCAGGUGGUACAGCGAGUGGCGACGCGACACCUCUAAACGAUAGAAUAGAUCAGAGAUCGGAUUCUCUGCAUCAAGUUCUGGAACAGAUGCGUUCUCUGGUUUUGAGAGAACAUCUAUCCUUAAAUAGUGAUAACGAAUUCGAAGAGGAUACAGAAGAUGCAACGAUUUCGGAUCAUCCCGCUAUAUCAUAGCUACAGAUAUCGAACACAUCAGAAAUUGUGGUAAUCAUACUUAAGAAUCUCCAAUUUGUUUCCAGGCUCUUCAUAUUACUGCUCAAUUCAAUGAGAUAGUAUAUUACACAUCAGUAUACAUUGUGUUUGCUAAAAAUGUGUCAAUGUACAAAAUAUAUUAAUCUAGCAAACUACAUUGCUCAAUUAUAGGUGUAUCAAAGUUGAUAUACAAUUAAGUCUUUCAAGUUAGUUAUUUUUAUUUGGAAGAGAUAUUCAUCUUUUGCUUUUAAAACCUAUUUAAGAUU